AUGAUAUUGUUAGAAACAAAUAACCGCGUUGUUGAAGAAUCCAUCAGUGUGAGAAUUAAAAAUGCUUUGGCAGGAAACAAGCCGGAAAACACGAAUAUAUUCAUAUCGGAUUAUGCGGGAGUGUUGUUCCACAUUUCAAAUUUAGAAGGCCAAAAAAAUCAGCUUAGGGUGAGCAUAGCUUUGAAAUUCUACGCUGAACUACAACAGCAUGGAGCAACAGAACUAUUAAACCGUGUGUAUGGGUCAUAUGUCACAGAACCAGAAUCGGGUUUUAAUUUUUCUUUGCUAGUUGACCUAGAAAAAAUUCCCGAUGAUUGGGAAUUAUUAGUGAAAAAAAUUGGUCAGUUUAAACGUAAUUGUUUCGCUUCAGUAUUUGAAAAGUAUUUUGACUUUCAAGAAAAAGGUGAAGAAGGCCAUAAAAGAGCUGUGAUUAAUUACCGAGAAGAUGAGACUAUGUAUGUGGAAGCAAAAGCAGACCGUGUAACUGUUGUAUUCAGUACAGUAUUCAGAGAUAGUGAUGACAUAGUUUUAGGUAAAGUCUUUAUGCAAGAACUAAGAGAAGGCAGGCGAGCUAGUCAAACUUCACCUCAAGUAUUGUUUUCACACAAAGAACCACCCCUUGAACUGCAAGAUACUAAUGCUCGUGUUGGUGAUGAAGUAGGAUAUAUAACAUUUGUGUUGUUCCCGAGACAUACUAAUCGUGCAGCUCGAGAAAAUACUAUUGAUUUGAUUCAUAUGUUCCGUGACUAUCUACAUUACCACAUUAAGUGCACGAAAGCAUAUAUACAUUCCUGUAUGCGAGCAAAAACAACUGACUUCAUUAAAGUGCUCAACAGAGCUAGACCAGAAUCUAAAAAAUCUAACGAAAAGAAAACUAUUAGUGGCAGAUCAUUCAUUCGAAAGGACUGA